AUGACGGGAGCUCCCACUGCAGCCGAGGGCUAUGCUUCGGGACCGCCAAAGGUUGGACCGGAGGCAGCCGAGGUGAAACGGCUUUGCGAAGAAAGGGUAGCAACGUGGAAGUCCGACGGCAAUGCGCGUCUCACUGAGGGUGAUGUUUCCGGCGCUGUCGAAUGCUACUCUCGGGGCAUUGAUGCGGCCAAGGAGGCUGGUGUGGAAGGGAAGCUUCUGAGCCAGCUCUAUCUCAAUCGUGCGCAGGCGCAGGCACGCAUCGGAAAGCAAGCGGAAGCCCUGCAGGACUCCGAGUUUGCACUUGAGCAUGACCAGCUGAACGGACGGGCAUACUGGCGGGCUGCUACAGCUGCUUUGGGACUUAAUCGCCCAGACACAGCUGCUGCACUCUGCAUGCGUGGCAUCAAGGUUCUGGGUGAUUCUGACACCUUGUCGUCGCUGCUGGAGGAGGCAAAGCAGAAGUUGGAAGAGGCGAAGCGAAGUCAGGAGGACACUCAGCGUGCAGCAUCCUCCCAGGUGGAAGCAGAGGAGGUUGAGCCCACCAUUGCGAGCGAGCUCAGCGAGCGUGCGGCGGCCUUGCUGAGAGCCUAUCGCGACCAAGAUGAGGCUGUGCGCCAGUUCGAGAACAUCAGGCGAGCGGUCAAGCUGUUCCAGGCGAGCUUGCAGGAGGACUCGAACAACGAAGAAGCGCUGCUGGGUCUAGGGGAGAUCUUGGAUGAAGGCUUAGGAGGCCUUGAGCCCGACCCGGACGCUGCUCGGGUGCUGUGGAUGCAGGCCGCCACAACGGGGAGCCAACGUGCGCAGUUGAAGAUGUGUGUCCAGGCGCUUGGGCGCUACGCCUGCGCGGCACGACGGGCAGCGCUCCCAACGUCCGCUGCAGAGGGCUCGAAACCAGGCCACGCAGGCACGGGAGAGCGCUCGUGA